GUCUUGGAUAUAAUGUCUCCAGCACAAAUGGCUGAACUGAUGGUCAGGGUGGCGCUCAAUGACACUCUGCGCUCCACACAGAUUCUGGCUCUCGUUCGAAGAGCCGAAUAUAGAAAAAUUGUGGAAUACAUCACUCAGUUUAAUGUUGCAGUCAAUGAGGCUCACAUUGGCAUUCUGCCCAACAAUGAGAUCCGGGACGCCAUGCUAGCCUUAUUUCUAGAUAGGCUGAGCCCCUACUUCCGGCGCUUUCCACCAGAACUCUGGGGAGAAUGGUUUGAAGACUAUUUACCAUACCUUCUUCCAGGUAUAAAUGCAGCCCAGAUUUCAUUGCUGGAGACCAACAUUUCUUGCAGCUCCUAUCAGUCUGUGUUAAGAGGUUUUAACAAGAUCUAUAAUAAUCUACCUCAUGUCACGAAACGCAGCCUCUACAAUCUCUAUAUCAAACCGUUCCUCAAUAAUAAAGCUAUCGCUGGAGGGGAAUCCUGUAACUUUACGAGUUUCAUGCAAUGGGUCUCCGACAACCUGGGAAAUUUUACGAAUCUGGCAACGUUCCACGAUCUGCUUAUAUUUCAGAGCAAUUUCAGCAAGGUAGAAGACACCGCUGUGCUUACAGCUGAAGAACUGGCUGAUUUAACAGUAAUAUCGGAUAGUCUGUGCAGCGACACAAUGACAAGCAUUGUGUUCCAAAAGGUUGGCAGUCUGGAAUCCUAUGAAGAAAUAAUGACAUAUCUGGAACGUCUAAAGGAAAAUAUGGGACAGGUUACUGAUCAGAGAGUGACUAUAUCUCGAUGUGUUGACCAAAAACUUCUCAAUCAGCUCAGUGUUCAAACACAACAGGACGUGUUAAGCAGCAUAUUAUCUGAGGAAGGGGUUGGGCCCAACAUCACAAACUGGCUGCAGGUCUUUACAGUUCUGCUGGAGGAGUUUUCUUCUGCAAUCAACGAAUCUCACAUUUCAGCCCUCCCACUUAACAUAUCUUGUGGCAGCUUCCAUGAAAUAAUCAAGCUGUUAAAUAACCUCUAUACCAGAAUGAGCAAAAUGGAGGUGGAAUCCACUUUUAUCUACUGCAAGUCCUAUCUCCUGCAGCAGCGCAUGUUAACAGGAUCUGCAUGUGCUUCGGACACACUAAGCAGCACUGAAUGGAUUACGCUGAACUUCCGUGGAUUUUUGACCAGAGCUUCCAUCUCAGACCUCCUCGAUUUGAAUCCAGAUCUUGACAUUGCUGUUCUUUUUGGUCUGUUAACGCCAAAUGAAAUGGCAGAAGUCCUUGUAAAAGAAGACGUUCUCGCUAAUUACACGCUGAUGACCAGAGUCUUAAACCUCAUCGACAUUAAAAACGUCUCUGAAUAUGUGACUUCUAUUACGGUUGUGGCCAAAGAGGCAGACUUGUCAGCUUCCCAGUUAAAUAUGAUAAAGGAGACACUGCUAUCCAUUGUGUUCACCAAACUCAGUUCCAACUUCUCUACUUAUGAAACCCAAGACUGGGAGGUGCUGUUCCAAAAAGAUUUGACCAUUUUGCUUCCAGAGUUUAACAGAACACUUCUUGAGCUCCUUCCUGUUACCAUGAGCUGCUCUUCCUACCAGGAAAUAAUACAAGGAUUUAGUACUGCUUAUCCUUCCAUGACAACAAGGACAAAAGAGGACAUUUACAACUAUUUUACAAAACGCUACUUUGUCGCCAAUUCUCUUCCUGGAGGUUCAGUGUGUGGCACAGUAGAUCUUAGAAGCUGGGUCAUUUUCAACUUGGGGAAUUUUAUCCAACAAUCAAGUCCACAGGAUCUCAUUCUGUUUAAUACGAACUUCACAAAGGCAGAGAACCUACACGGGCUCCCUCCCACAGAACUGGCCGACAUGACUUUCAUUUUUGAUGAGCUGCAAGACUCAAAUAUGUCCGCCAGCAUCUUCAAUGAAAUUGAACUAUUGAAGGAUUCUGAGUUGCUUCUGGAGUAUCUAAUGAGAAUACAAAGUUUGGCUUGUCAGAGCUCAAAUUUCUCACCCAACAUGUCUUCAUGCAACCAGCCCCUCGGACAGCUGAGCAACUCCACUCAACAGACCCUGCUAACUACUAUUAUGACAGUACUGAGUAUGGAGUGGAGUUUGACUGAUAUGCCGGCAUGGUUACAGGCUUUCAGUAUUAUCACUCAGAACUUCUAUGUGGCUCUAAAUGAAACCCAUCUGUCCCAUCUGCCGCUCAACAUUUCUUGUGAAGACUACAGAGCAAUAAUUAAGAUACUCGGUGGCCUCUAUUUCAAACUUAAUGAAGCAGAAAAGACAACAGUUUUCACGUACUGUAAAUCCUACUUAAGCCUCCAGCAAAGAUACACAGAGUCUGCUUGUAUCAUUAACGUCAACAAUACAAAUGAAUGGAUUAUGGCAAAUUUUGGACCCUUUUCCACCACUGCCACCGUUACUGAACUCCAGGAACUCUAUCCGAAUCUUGAAAUAGAGGCCCUAGUGAAUCUCUUGACGCCAACUGAUAUGGCUGUGCUUCUGACCAAAGCUGAUGUCCUUACUAACAGCAGUUUACUCUGGGAAAUACUGGGAUUUAUUCAACCUCGGGAUAUAUCUAAAUAUGUCAUCUCUAUUACAUCAGCAGCUGCAAUGGCCAACCUAUCUGAGAGCCAGUUGGCCACUGUAAAGGCUACUUUGCUGGAGUCAAUAUUAUUUAGGCUUGAUGCCACGUUCUCCAUUUAUAAAGCUGAAGAUUGGAAAAUAUUGUUCCAAAGAGAUUUGGUUUUGUUGCUUCCAGCUUUUAAUCAAACACUUCUUGGUCUUCUUCCAAUGAACAUCAGCUGCUACUCCUACCAAGAGAUAGUAAGAGGCUUCAGCGUGGCAUAUGGAUCCAUUUCAGCUGGAACCAGAGAGGACAUCUAUACAGUAUAUUGCAAGGAGUAUCUCAAAGAGCAGGCUCAGUCUGCAGCCUCUACAGCCGCCCCUUGUGAUGACACUGCCAACGUUAUGUGGGUUGAAGAAAACCUUGGGAAGUUCAUAUUACAGUCUUCCUUUGAAGAUCUCAUUCAAUUCAACAAAAACUUUGAAAAGGUGGAAAGUCCCAAUUCCCUUAUGGCUACAGAACUAGCCGACUUCACGUUUCUGGCAAAUACUUUAAAAAGCGCAACCGUGACUACCGCUCUUGUCAAUCAGAUCAAAGCAUUUGAAAAUUGUGGAGAACUUGUGGAAUAUCUUUUCAGAGUACAGAGUAUGAAUUGCCCUAACACAAACAUCAGCAGCUCUGUAUGUGGAGGGCAACACGUUAUCAGCCAACUGAGUGUUACGACCGAGCAAGAAAUAUUCAGCAAUAUUUUCACCUUACUCAGCAAGUUGUGGAACUGCCAGAACAUGUCGACUUGGCUGCAGAUCUUCAACCUUCUGCUCAGCAGCUUCUCAGUGGCACCAAACCCACUGGAGCUUUCUCAGCUGCCACUAAAUAUCUCCUGUGACUAUUUCCAAGCGAUCAUAAAAGAUCUGAAUGAUAUCUACUAUAAGUUCACUACAGAGGAAAGCGAAUUGAUAUUCACCUACUGCAAGGCCUACCUCACUCAGCAAGAGAAAUAUACAGGUUCUGCUUGCGUAGCACCAUUUAGUAGUAGUGAAGAUUGGAUCAAGAGAAAUUUGGGUUUAUUCUACAUAAGAGGGACCCUAUCUGAGCUCACAGAACUUUAUCCAAAUAUUGACAUAGCUCUUGUACUCGGGAUACUGAAGCCAAGUGAUGCCCCAUUGCUCUUCUCCAACCCAGAGGUUCUUUUAGAUAAUAAUUUGUUCAAAAUAGCUGCAAAUUUUGUGGAAAUAGAACAAAUCCCAGAAUACAUGAACAUAAUAACAGAGACUGGAAAAAAGGCCCAUAUGUCCGACUUGGAAUUAGGGAUUGUGAAGAAAAUUCUGUUGGAAUCGGUCUUUGAGAAAAUCAGCUCAAACUUCUCUACGUACGACACAAAUGACUGGAGGGUAUUGUUCCAAAACGACUUGCUCCCAUUGCUUCCCGCCUUCACCCAGGAUCUGCUUUUGGAGCUGCCAAUCAAUCUCAGCUGCCCUUCCUACCAGCAAAUUGUUAAAGGGUUUAGCAUGAGCUAUUCAUCAUUAUCAUCGCAGACAAAGGAAUAUUUCUUUGAUUAUAUUAAGCGAUACCUGGGCCGGCAACUUUCUUCUGCAGCUCCUGCUUGUGGCACUGAGGAUCUAAGAAGUUGGGUUACUCUCAACAUUGGGAAUUUCAUUUUGCAAUUAACAACUGAAAACCUCGUCGCCUUGAACCAGGACUUUACUAAACUGGAAAACAUAUCUGCAUUAACUGCGACAGACCUAGCGGAUUUUACUGUUAUUGCCGGGGCGCUGAACAACUCCACCUUAUCCGCCAUUUUGCUCAGCCGCAUUAGCGAAUUUCAGCAUUAUGAUGAUCUACUGGAAUAUUUAAUGAGGAUUCAAAUGGCAAUUUGCAUAAUAACAGAUUCUUCCUCAAACAAAUCAUGUGACCAGCUUCAGCCAAUGGCUCAACUGACUGCCCGACUUCAGAAAGCAAUUGUUACUGACCUCUUCAUAGUCCUCCAUCAACAAUGGAGUUUUGUAAAUAUGUCAAAAUGGUUACAGGUUUUUGACAUCCUUAUUACAGACUUUCUUUUUGCUUUGGAUGAAACCCAACUUUCUCAGCUGCCCCUCAACAUUUCAUGUGGAGACUACCAAGCAAUAAUUAUGAUGUUGAGUAAAGUGUUCCCCAAACUAAAUGACUUGGAAGCAAAAACAGUUUAUACCUACUGUCUAACGUACCUGAGCCAACAACAAGAAUCCACAGGAUCUGCGUGCACUGCCGGUAUCACUGACAUACAAGACUGGAUCAAUAUGAAUAUGGGGCCUUUUUCCAAAAGUGCCACAAUCUCUGAACUCCUGAAACUUUAUCCACAUCUUGACAUAGGAGGUCUUCUCAAUGCUUUGACUCCAAACGAUGUACUUGAACUUUUGACCAAACCAGAUGUCAUUUACAAUGCCACCUUACUGCAAGAAGUUCUGAGUGUUCUUCAUCCAUGGAAUAUACUAGAAUAUGUGAUGGGUAUUACUGCUGAAACAUCAAAGCUCAAUCUUACGGAUGUGCAAAUAAGCAAUGUGAAGACAACGCUACUGGAAGCCUGCCUCGAUAAACUGCAGUCGAACUUCUCCGUUUAUGAAGCUGAAUCCUGGAGAACAUUGUUCCAAACAGAUUUGGUCUUGCUGCUUCCAUAUUUUAACCAUGACCUUCUUCUACUCUUACCGCUAAACAUCACCUGCUCAUCUUACCAAGAAAUAGUAAAGGCAUUUAACAACGUUUACACAUCUCUAUCAGAAGAAAUCAAAAAUGAGUUUUACAAUGAUUUUAUCAAGCUAUACCUAAUCCAGCAAUCAUCUAUUACAGGAGUAGCUUGUGACACCAUAGAUUUCAGGACCUGGGUUAACUUGAACCUUGGCAACUUCAUCCAGCAAUCAUCAUCACAAGACAUCGCUGAGUUCAAUAAAAAUAUAACAAAGUUGGAAAACCCGGAGGAACUCACAGUUACAGAACUGGCCACAUUUACAUUUACUGUGGAUACGCUGAACAACCAAACGUUAGCCACAAUCCUAUUAAGUAGAAUCAAAGAAUUUAACAGCUAUGAAGAAAUCCUGGGCUAUCUAACAACAAUACAAAACUCUAUUUGCCAGCCGAAUGACUCGGCACCAAGCGCCUCAUCAUGUGACCAACCGCUAAGUCAACUGAGCCUCCACACUCAACAAGAGAUUCUUACAAACUGUUUCAUAGUACUCAAUGAGGAAUGGAUUUCUGCCAACAUGACAAUGUGGUUACAUAUUUUUGACAUCCUUGUUGAAGUUUUCCUACCUGCUUUUGAUGAAACUGAAAUCUCCCACUUACCACUUAAUAUUUCAUGUGGAGAAUACCAAGCAAUAAUAACCACGCUGAGUAACGCACACAGCCAAAUCAUCGAAGGCCUGGCAAAAUCGGUCUACUCCUACUGCAUAGCCUACCUUACCGCACAGCAGAAAUCAACAGGCUCUGCUUGCCUUAGCGGAAUAAAGGAUAGUACAGAGUGGAUCACAAAGAAUUUCGGGGCAUUUUCCUCCAAAGCCAAUGUGCCUGACUUUGUGGCUUUAUAUCCAGGGUUUGACAUAGGUGUCCUUCCCGGUGUGCUAACACCAAAUGAUAUGGCUGAACUUUUGAUCAAAGCAGAUGUUCUCUCUAAUGAAACUCUAUUGAUAUCCAUCUUGAGUCGCACAGACACGGGAAAUGUAACCGAGUAUGUGACCGCCAUUUCAACAGCAGCACAAAAGGAGAAUGUGUCUGAUUUGCAGAUAGCCAUGGUAAAACAGACCCUGUUGGCAGUCGUACUUGACAAAAUUAGUUCCAAUUUCUCAUCUUAUGGAACGCAAGACUGGAAGAUAUUGUUUCAAGAUGACUUGACUCUCCUUCUUCCGAGCUUUAAUAAAUCUCUUCUUUUGCUUCUGCCCAUCAACAUCUCAUGUUCUUCCUACCAGGAAAUAGUAAAGGCCUUUAGUAACGAUUAUACAUCUCUAGCAGAAGAAACCAAAAAUGAUUUCUACAAUGAUUUUAUCUACCGGUACAUGGGCCAGCAGGCAUCUCUUACAGGAGUAGUUUGCGACACCAUAGAUUUCAGGACCUGGGUUGACUUGAACCUUGGAAACUUCAUCCAGCAAUCAUCAUCACAAGACAUCGCUGUGUUCAAUAAAAAUAUAACAAAGUUGGAAAACCCGGAGGAACUCACAGUUACAGAACUGGCCACAUUUACAUUUACUGUGGAUACGCUGAACAACCAAACGUUAGCCACAAUCCUAUUAAGUAGAAUCAAAGAAUUUAACAGCUAUGAAGAAAUCCUGGGCUAUCUAACAACAAUACAAAACUCUAUUUGCCAGCUGAAUGACUCGGCACCCAGCGCCUCAUCAUGUGACCAACCGCUAAGCCAACUGAGCAUCCACACUCAACAAGAGAUUCUUACAAACUGUUUCAUAGUACUCAAUGAGGAAUGGAUUUCUGCCAACAUGACAAUGUGGUUACAUAUUUUUGACAUCCUUGUUGAAGUUUUCCUACCUGCUUUUGAUGAAACUGAAAUCUCCCACUUACCCCUUCAUAUUUCAUGUGGAGAAUACCAAGCAAUAAUAACAACGCUGAGUAACGCACACAGCCAAAUCAUCGAAGGCCUGGCAAAAUCGGUCUACUCCUACUGCAUAGCCUACCUUACCGCACAGCAGAAAUCCACAGGCUCUGCUUGCCUUAGCGGAAUAAAGGAUAGUACAGAGUGGAUCACAAAGAAUUUUGGAGCAUUUUCCUCCAGAGCCAAUGUGUCUGACUUUGUGGCUUUAUAUCCAGGGUUUGACAUAGGUGUCCUUCCCGGUGUGCUAACACCAAAUGAUAUGGCUGAACUUUUGAUCAAAGCAGAUGUUCUCUCUAAUGAAACUCUAUUGAUAUCCAUCUUGAGUCGCACAGACACGGGAAAUGUAACCGAGUAUGUGACCGCCAUUUCAAAAGCAGCACAAAAGGAGAAUGUGUCUGAUUUGCAGAUAGCCAUGGUAAAACAGACCCUGUUGGCAGUCGUACUUGACAAAAUUAGUUCCAAUUUCUCAUCUUAUGGAACGCAAGACUGGAAGAUAUUGUUCCAAGAUGACUUGACUCUCCUUCUUCCGAGCUUUAAUAAGUCUCUUCUUCUGCUUCUGCCCAUCAACAUCUCAUGUUCUUCCUUCCAGGAAAUAGUAAAGGCCUUUAGUAACGCUUAUACAUCUCUAUCAGAAGAAACCAAAAAUGAUUUCUACAAUGAUUUUAUCUACCAGUACAUGGGCCAGCAGGCAUCUCUUACAGGAGUAGUUUGCGACACCAUAGAUUUCAGGACCUGGGUUGACUUGAACCUUGGCAACUUCAUCCAGCAAUCAUCAUCACAAGACAUCGCUGUGUUCAAUAAAAAUAUAACAAAGUUGGAAAACCCGGAGGAACUCACAGUUACAGAACUGGCCACAUUUACAUUUACUGUGGAUACGCUGAACAACCAAACCUUAGCCACAAUCCUAUUAAGUAGAAUCAAAGAAUUUAACAGCUAUGAAGAAAUCCUGGGCUAUCUAACAACAAUACAAAACUCUAUUUGCCAGCCGAAUGACUCGGCACCCAGCGCCUCAUCGUGUGACCAACCGCUAAGCCAACUGAGCCUCCACACUCAACAAGAGAUUCUUACAAACUGUUUCAUAGUACUCAAUGAGGAAUGGAUUUCUGCCAACAUGACAAUGUGGUUACAUAUUUUUGACAUCCUUGUUGAAGUUUUCCUACCUGCUUUUGAUGAAACUGAAAUCUCCCACUUACCACUUCAUAUUUCAUGUGGAGAAUACCAAGCAAUAAUAACCGCGCUGAGUAACGCACACAGCCAAAUCAUCGAAGGCCUGGCAAAAUCGGUCUACUCCUACUGCAUAGCCUACCUUACCGCACAGCAGAAAUCCACAGGCUCUGCUUGCCUUAGCGGAAUAAAGGAUAGUACAGAGUGGAUCACAAAGAAUUUCGGGGCAUUUUCCUCCAGUGCCAAUGUGUCUGACUUUGUGGCUUUAUAUCCAGGGUUUGACAUAGGUGUCCUUCCCGGUGUGCUAACACCAAAUGAUAUGGCUGAACUUUUGAUCAAAGCAGAUGUUCUCUCUAAUGAAACUCUAUUGAUAUCCAUCUUGAGUCGCACAAACACGGAAGAUGUAACCGAGUAUGUGACCGCCAUUUCAACAGCAGCACAAAAGGAGAAUGUGUCUGAUUUGCAGAUAGCCAUGGUAAAACAGACCCUGUUGGCAGUUGUACUUGACAAAAUUAGUUCCAAUUUCUCAUCUUAUGGAACGCAAGACUGGAAGAUAUUGUUCCAAGAUGACUUGACUCUCCUUCUUCAGAGCUUUAAUAAAUCUCUUCUUCUGCUUCUGCCCAUCAACAUCUCAUGUUCUUCCUACCAGGAAAUAGUAAAGGCCUUUAGUAACACUUAUACAUCUCUAUCAGAAGAAACCAAAAAUGAUUUCUACAAUGAUUUUAUCUACCGGUACAUGGGCCAGCAGGCAUCUCUUACAGGAGUAGCUUGCGACACCAUAGAUUUCAGGACCUGGGUUGACUUGAACCUUGGAAACUUCAUCCAGCAAUCAUCAUCACAAGACAUCGCUGUGUUCAAUAAAAAUAUAACAAAGUUGGAAAACCCGGAGGAACUCACAGUUACAGAACUGGCCACAUUUACAUUUACUGUGGAUACGCUGAACAACCAAACGUUAGCCACAAUCCUAUUAAGUAGAAUCAAAGAAUUUAACAGCUAUGAAGAAAUCCUGGGCUAUCUAACAACAAUACAAAACUCUAUUUGCCAGCCGAAUGACUCGGCACCCAGCGCCUCAUCGUGUGACCAACCGCUAAGCCAACUGAGCCUCCACACUCAACAAGAGAUUCUUACAAACUGUUUCAUAGUACUCAAUGAGGAAUGGAUUUCUGCCAACAUGACAAUGUGGUUACAUAUUUUUGACAUCCUUGUUGAAGUUUUCCUACCUGCUUUUGAUGAGACUGAAAUCUCCCACUUACCACUUGAUAUUUCAUGUGGAGAAUACCAAGCAAUAAUAACAACGCUGAGUAACGCACACAGCCAAAUCAUCGAAGGCCUGGCAAAAUCGGUCUACUCUUACUGCAUAGCCUACCUUACUGCACAGCAGAAAUCCACAGGCUCUGCUUGCCUUAGCGGAAUAAAGGAUAGUACAGAGUGGAUCACAAAGAAUUUCGGGGCAUUUUCCUCCAAUGCCAAUGUGUCUGACUUUGUGGUUUUAUAUCCAGGGUUUGACAUAGGUGUCCUUCCCGGUGUGCUAACACCAAAUGAUAUGGCUGAACUUUUGAUCAAAGCAGAUGUUCUCUCUAAUGAAACUCUAUUGAUAUCCAUCUUGAGUCGCACAGACACGGAAAAUGUAACCGAUUAUGUGACCGCCAUUUCAACAGCAGCACAAAAGGAGAAUGUGUCUGAUUUGCAGAUAGCCAUGGUAAAACAGACCCUGUUGGCAGUCGUACUUGACAAAAUUAGUUCCAAUUUCUCAUCUUAUGGAACGCAAGACUGGAAGAUAUUGUUCCAAGAUGACUUGACUCUCCUUCUUCCGAGUUUUAAUAAGUCUCUUCUUCUGCUUCUGCCCAUCAACAUCUCAUGUUCUUCCUUCCAGGAAAUAGUAAAGGCCUUUAGUAAUGCUUAUACAUCUCUAUCAGAAGAAACCAAAAAUGAUUUCUACAAUGAUUUUAUCUACCAGUACAUGGGCCAGCAGGCAUCUCUUACAGGAGUAGUUUGCGACACCAUAGAUUUCAGGACCUGGGUUGACUUGAACCUUGGCAACUUCAUCCAGCAAUCAUCAUCACAAGACAUCGCUGUGUUCAAUAAAAAUAUAACAAAGUUGGAAAACCCGGAGGAACUCACAGUUACAGAACUGGCCACAUUUACAUUUACUGUGGAUACGCUGAACAACCAAACGUUAGCCACAAUCCUAUUAAGUAGAAUCAAAGAAUUUAACAGCUAUGAAGAAAUCCUGGGCUAUCUAACAACAAUACAAAACUCUAUUUGCCAGCCGAAUGACUCGGCACCCAGCGCCUCAUCAUGUGACCAACCGCUAAGCCAACUGAGCCUCCACACUCAACAGGAGAUUCUUACAAACUGUUUCAUAGUACUCAAUGAGGAAUGGAUUUCUGCCAACAUGACAAUGUGGUUACAUAUUUUUGACAUCCUUGUUGAAGUUUUCCUACCUGCUUUUGAUGAAACUGAAAUCUCCCACUUACCACUUGAUAUUUCAUGUGGAGAAUACCAAGCAAUAAUAACCACGCUGAGUAACGCACACAGCCAAAUCAUCGACGGCCUGGCAAAAUCGGUCUACUCCUACUGCAUAGCCUACCUUACCGCACAGCAGAAAUCCACAGGCUCUGCUUGCCUUAGCGGAAUAAAGGAUAGUACAGAGUGGAUCACAAAGAAUUUCGGGGAAUUUUCCUCCAAAGCCAAUAUAUCUAACUUUGUGGCUUUAUAUCCAGGGUUUGACAUAGGUGUCCUUCCCGGUGUGCUAACACCAAAUGAUAUGGCUGAACUUUUGAUCAAAGCAGAUGUUCUCUCUAAUGAAACUCUAUUGAUAUCCAUCUUGAGUCGCACAGACACGGAAAAUGUAACCGAUUAUGUGACCGCCAUUUCAACAGCAGCACAAAAGGAGAAUGUGUCUGAUUUGCAGAUAGCCAUGGUAAAACAGACCCUGUUGGCAGUUGUACUUUACAAAAUUAGUUCCAAUUUCUCAUCUUAUGGAACGCAAGACUGGAAGAUAUUGUUCCAAGAUGACUUGACUCUCCUUCUUCCGAGCUUUAAUAAAUCUCUUCUUCUGCUUCUGCCCAUCAACAUCUCAUGUUCUUCCUACCAGGAAAUAGUAAAGGCCUUUAGUAACGCUUAUACAUCUCUAUCAGAAGAAACAAAAAAUGAUUUCUACAAUGAUUUUAUCUACCAGUACAUGGGCCAGCAGGCAUCUCUUACAGGAGUAGUUUGCGACACCAUAGAUUUCAGGACCUGGGUUGACUUGAACCUUGGAAACUUCAUCCAGCAAUCAUCAUCACAAGACAUCGCUGUGUUCAAUAAAAAUGUAACAAAGUUGGAAAACCCGGAGGAACUCACAGUUACAGAACUGGCCACAUUUACAUUUACUGUGGAUACGCUGAACAACCAAACGUUAGCCACAAUCCUAUUAAGUAGAAUCAAAGAAUUUAACAGCUAUGAAGAAAUCCUGGGCUAUCUAACAACAAUACAAAACUCUAUUUGCCAGCCGAAUGACUCGGCACCCAGCGCCUCAUCAUGUGACCAACCGCUAAGCCAACUGAGCCUCCACACUCAACAGGAGAUUCUUACAAACUGUUUCAUAGUACUCAAUGAGGAAUGGAUUUCUGCCAACAUGACAAUGUGGUUACAUAUUUUUGACAUCCUUGUUGAAGUUUUCCUACCUGCUUUUGAUGAAACUGAAAUCUCCCACUUACCCCUUGAUAUUUCAUGUGGAGAAUACCAAGCAAUAAUAACCACGCUGAGUAACGCACACAGCCAAAUCAUCGAAGGCCUGGCAAAAUCGGUGUACUCCUACUGCAUAGCCUACCUUACCGCACAGCAGAAAUCCACAGGCUCUGCUUGCCUUAGCGGAAUAAAGGAUAGUACAGAGUGGAUCACAAAGAAUUUCGGGGCAUUUUCCUCCAGUGCCAAUGUGUCUGACUUUGUGGCUUUAUAUCCAGGGUUUGACAUAGGUGUCCUUCCCGGUGUGCUAACACCAAAUGAUAUGGCUGAACUUUUGAUCAAAGCAGAUGUUCUCUCUAAUGAAACUCUAUUGAUAUCCAUCUUGAGUCGCACAGACACGGGAAAUGUAACCGAGUAUGUGACCGCCAUUUCAACAACAGCACAAAAGGAGAAUGUGUCUGAUUUGCAGAUAGCCAUGGUAAAACAGACCCUGUUGGCAGUCGUACUUGACAAAAUUAGUUCCAAUUUCUCAUCUUAUGGAACGCAAGACUGGAAGAUAUUGUUCCAAGAUGACUUGACUCUCCUUCUUCCGAGCUUUAAUAAAUCUCUUCUUCUGCUUCUGCCCAUCAACAUCUCAUGUUCUUCCUACCAGGAAAUAGUAAAGGCCUUUAGUAGCGCUUAUACAUCUCUAUCAGAAGAAACAAAAAAUGAUUUCUACAAUGAUUUUAUCCACCAGUACAUGGGCCAGCAGGCAUCUCUAACAGGAGUAGUUUGCGACACCAUAGAUUUCAGGACCUGGGUUAACUUGAACCUUGGCAACUUCAUCCAGCAAUCAUCAUCACAAGACAUCGCUGUGUUCAAUAAAAAUAUAACAAAGUUGGAAAACCCGGAGGAACUUACAGUUACAGAACUGGCCACAUUUACAUUUACUGUGGAUACGCUGAACAACCAAACGUUAGCCACAAUCCUAUUAAGUAGAAUCAAAGAAUUUAACAGCUAUGAAGAAAUCCUGGGCUAUCUAACAACAAUACAAAACUCUAUUUGCCAGCCGAAUGACUCGGCAUCCAGCGCCUCAUCAUGUGACCAACCGCUAAGCCAACUGAGCAUCCACACUCAACAAGAGAUUCUUACAAACUGUUUCAUAGUACUCAAUGAGGAAUGGAUUUCUGCCAACAUGACAAUGUGGUUACAUAUUUUUGACAUCCUUGUUGAAGUUUUCCUACCUGCUUUUGAUGAAACUGAAAUCUCCCACUUACCCCUUGAUAUUUCAUGUGGAGAAUACCAAGCAAUAAUAACCACGCUGAGUAACGCACACAGCAAAAUCAUCGAAGGCCUGGCAAAAUCGGUCUACUCCUACUGCAUAGCCUACCUUACCGCACAGCAGAAAUCCACAGGCUCUGCUUGCCUUAGCGGAAUAAAGGAUAGUACAGAGUGGAUCACAAAGAAUUUUGGGGCAUUUUCUUCCAGAGCCAAUGUGUCUGACUUUGUGGCUUUAUAUCCAGGGUUUGACAUAGGUGUCCUUCCCGGUGUGCUAACACCAAAUGAUAUGGCUGAACUUUUGAUCAAAGCAGAUGUUCUCUCUAAUGAAACUCUAUUGAUAUCCAUCUUGAGUCGCACAGACACGGGAAAUGUAACCGAGUAUGUGACCGCCAUUUCAACAGCAGCACAAAAGGAGAAUGUGUCUGAUUUGCAGAAAGCCAUGGUAAAACAGACCCUGUUGGCAGUCGUACUUGACAAAAUUAGUUCCAAUUUCUCAUCUUAUGGAACGCAAGACUGGAAGAUAUUGUUCCAAGAUGACUUGACUCUCCUUCUUCCGAGCUUUAAUAAGUCUCUUCUUCUGCUUCUGCCCAUCAACAUCUCAUGUUCUUCCUACCAGGAAAUAGUGAAGGCCUUUAGUAAUGCUUAUACAUCUCUAUCAGAAGAAACCAAAAAUGAUUUCUACAAUGAUUUUAUCUACCGGUACAUGGGCCAGCAGGCAUCUCUUACAGGAGUAGCUUGUGACACCAUAGAUUUCAGGACCUGGGUUAACUUGAACCUUGGAACCUUCAUCCAGGAAUCAUCAUCACAAGACAUCGCUGUGUUCAAUAAAAAUAUAACAAAGUUGGAAAACCCAGAGGAACUCACAGUUACAGAACUGGCCACAUUUACAUUUACUGUGGAUACGCUGAACAACCAAACGUUAGCCACAAUCCUAUUAAGUAGAAUCAAAGAAUUUAACAGCUAUGAAGAAAUCCUGGGUUAUGUAACAACAAUACAAAACUCUAUUUGCCAGCCGAAUGACUCGGCACCCAGCGCCUCAUCGUGUGACCAACCGCUAAGCCAACUGAGCCUCCACACUCAACAAGAGAUUCUUACAAACUGUUUCAUAGUACUCAAUGAGGAAUGGAUUUCUGCCAACAUGACAAUGUGGUUACAUAUUUUUGACAUCCUUGUUGAAGUUUUCCUACCUGCUUUUGAUGAAACUGAAAUCUCCCACUUACCACUUCAUAUUUCAUGUGGAGAAUACCAAGCAAUAAUAACCGCGCUGAGUAACGCACACAGCCAAAUCAUCGAAGGCCUGGCAAAAUCGGUCUACUCCUACUGCAUAGCCUACCUUACCGCACAGCAGAAAUCCACAGGCUCUGCUUGCCUUAGCGGAAUAAAGGAUAGUACAGAGUGGAUCACAAAGAAUUUCGGGGCAUUUUCCUCCAGUGCCAAUGUGUCUGACUUUGUGGCUUUAUAUCCAGGGUUUGACAUAGGUGUCCUUCCCGGUGUGCUAACACCAAAUGAUAUGGCUGAACUUUUGAUCAAAGCAGAUGUUCUCUCUAAUGAAACUCUAUUGAUAUCCAUCUUGAGUCGCACAGACACGGAAAAUGUAACCGAGUAUGUGACCGCCAUUUCAACAGCAGCACAAAAGGGGAAUGUGUCUGAUUUGCAGAUAGCCAUGGUAAAACAGACCCUGUUGGCAGUCGUACUUGACAAAAUUAGUUCCAAUUUCUCAUCUUAUGGAACGCAAGACUGGAAGAUAUUGUUCCAAGAUGACUUGACUCUCCUUCUUCCGAGCUUUAAUAAAUCUCUUCUUCUGCUUCUGCCCAUCAACAUCUCAUGUUCUUCCUACCAGGAAAUAGUAAAGGCCUUUAGUAAUGCUUAUACAUCUCUAUCAGAAGAAACCAAAAAUGAUUUCUACAAUGAUUUUAUCUACCGGUACAUGGGCCAGCAGGCAUCUCUUACAGGAGUAGCUUGCGACACCUUAGAUUUUAGGACCUGGGUUGAAUUGAACCUUGGCAACUUUAUCGAGCAAUCAUCAUCACAAGACAUCGCUGUGUUCAAUAAAAAUAUAACAAAGUUGGAAAACCCGGAGGAACUCACAGUUACAGAACUGGCCACAUUUACAUUUACUGUGGAUACGCUGAACAACCAAACGUUAGCCACAAUCCUAUUAAGUAGAAUCAAAGAAUUUAACAGCUAUGAAGAAAUCCUGGGCUAUCUAACAACAAUACAAAACUCUAUUUGCCAGCCGAAUGACUCGGCACCCAGCGCCUCAUCAUGUGACCAACCGCUAAGCCAACUGAGCAUCCACACUCAACAAGAGAUUCUUACAAACUGUUUCAUAGUACUCAAUGAGGAAUGGAUUUCUGCCAACAUGACAACGUGGUUACAUAUUUUUGACAUCCUUGUUGAAGUUUUCCUACCUGCUUUUGAUGAAACUGAAAUCUCCCACUUACCACUUGAUAUUUCAUGUGGAGAAUACCAAGCAAUAAUAACAACGCUGAGUAACGCACACAGCCAAAUCAUCGAAGGCCUGGCAAAAUCGGUCUACUCCUACUGCAUAGCCUACCUUACCGCACAGCAGAAAUCCACAGGCUCUGCUUGCCUUAGCGGAAUAAAGGAUAGUACAGAGUGGAUCACAAAGAAUUUCGGGGCAUUUUCCUCCAGAGCCAAUGUGUCUGACUUUGUGGCUUUAUAUCCAGGGUUUGACAUAGGUGUCCUUCCUGGUGUGCUAACACCAAAUGAUAUGGCUGAACUUUUGAUCAAAGCAGAUGUUCUCUCUAAUGAAACUCUAUUGAUAUCCAUCUUGAGUCGCACAGACACGGAAAAUGUAACCGAGUAUGUGACCGCCAUUUCAACAACAGCACAAAAGGAGAAUGUGUCUGAUUUGCAGAUAGCCAUGGUAAAACAGACCUUGUUGGCAGUUGUACUUGACAAAAUUAGUUCCAAUUUCUCAUCUUAUGGAAUGCAAAACUGGAAGAUAUUGUUCCAAGAUGACUUGACUCUCCUUCUUCCGAGCUUUAAUAAAUCUCUUCUUCUGCUUCUGCCCAUCAACAUCUCAUGUUCUUCCUACCAGGAAAUAGUAAAGGCCUUUAGUAACGAUUAUACAUCUCUAUCAGAAGAAACCAAAAAUGAUUUCUACAAUGAUUUUAUCUACCGGUACAUGGGCCAGCAGGCAUCUCUUACAGGAGUAGCUUGUGACACCUUAGAUUUUAGGACCUGGGUUGAAUUGAACCUUGGCAACUUCAUCCAGCAAUCAUCAUCACAAGACAUCGCUGUGUUCAAUAAAAAUAUAACAAAGUUGGAAAACCCGGAGGAACUCACAGUUACAGAACUGGCCACAUUUACAUUUACUGUGGAUACGCUGAACAACCAAACGUUAGCCACAAUCCUAUUAAGUAGAAUCAAAGAAUUUAACAGCUAUGAAGAAAUCCUGGGCUAUCUAACAACAAUACAAAACUCUAUUUGCCAGCCGAAUGACUCGGCACCCAGCGCCUCAUCAUGUGACCAACCGCUAAGCCAACUGAGCAUCCACACUCAACAAGAGAUUCUUACAAACUGUUUCAUAGUACUCAAUGAGGAAUGGAUUUCUGCCAACAUGACAACGUGGUUACAUAUUUUUGACAUCCUUGUUGAAGUUUUCCUACCUGCUUUUGAUGAAACUGAAAUCUCCCACUUACCCCUUGAUAUUUCAUGUGGAGAAUACCAAGCAAUAAUAACCACGCUGAGUAACGCACACAGCCAAAUCAUCGAAGGCCUGGCAAAAUCGGUCUACUCCUACUGCAUAGCCUACCUUACCGCACAGCAGAAAUCCACAGGCUCUGCUUGCCUUAGCGGAAUAAAGGAUAGUACAGAGUGGAUCACAAAGAAUUUUGGGGCCUUUUCCUCCAGUGCCAAUGUGUCUGACUUUGUGGCUUUAUAUUCAGGGUUUGAUAUAGGUGUCCUUCCCGGUGUGCUAACACCAAAUGAUAUGGCUGAACUUUUGAUCAAAGCAGAUGUUCUCUCUAAUGAAACUCUAUUGAUAUCCAUCUUGAUUCGCACAAACACGGAAAAUGUAACCGAGUAUGUGACCGCCAUUUCAACAGCAGCACAAAAGGAGAAUGUGUCUGAUUUGCAGAUAGCCAUGGUAAAACAGACCCUGUUGGCAGUUGUACUUGAUAAAAUUAGUUCCAAUUUCUCAUCUUAUGGAACGCAAGACUGGAAGAUAUUGUUCCAAGAUGACUUGACUCUCCUUCUUCCGAGCUUUAAUAAAUCUCUUCUUCUGCUUCUGCCCAUCAACAUCUCAUGUUCUUCCUACCAGGAAAUAGUAAAGGCCUUUAGUAACGAUUAUACAUCUCUAUCAGAAGAAACAAAAAAUUAUUUUUACAAUGAUUUUAUCUACCGGUACAUGGGCCAGCAGGCAUCUCUUACAGGAGUAGUUUGCGACACCAUAGAUUUCAGGACCUGGGUUAACUUGAACCUUGGCAACUUCAUCCAGCAAUCAUCAUCACAAGACAUCGCUGUGUUCAAUAAAAAUAUAACAAAGUUGGAAAACCCGGAGGAACUCACAGUUACAGAACUGGCCACAUUUACAUUUACUGUGGAUACGCUGAACAACCAAACGUUAGCCACAAUCCUAUUAGGUAGAAUCAAAGAAUUUAACAGCUAUGAAGAAAUCCUGGGCUAUCUAACAACAAUACAAAACUCUAUUUGCCAGCCGAAUGACUCGGCACCCAGCGCCUCAUCAUGUGACCAACCGCUAAGCCAACUGAGCCUCCACACUCAACAAGAGAUUCUUACAAACUGUUUCAUAGUACUCAAUGAGGAAUGGAUUUCUGCCAACAUGACAAUGUGGUUACAUAUUUUUGACAUCCUUGUUGAAGUUUUCCUACCUGCUUUUGAUGAAACUGAAAUCUCCCACUUACCACUUAAUAUUUCAUGUGGAGAAUACCAAGCAAUAAUAACAACGCUGAGUAACGCACACAGCCAAAUCAUCGAAGGCCUGGCAAAAUCGGUCUACUCCUACUGCAUAGCCUACCUUACCGCACAGCAGAAAUCCACAGGCUCUGCUUGCCUUAGCGGAAUAAAGGAUAGUACAGAGUGGAUCACAAAGAAUUUCGGGGCAUUUUCCUCCAGAGCCAAUGUGUCUGACUUUGUGGCUUUAUAUCCAGGGUUUGACAUAGGUGUCCUUCCUGGUGUGCUAACACCAAAUGAUAUGGCUGAACUUUUGAUCAAAGCAGAUGUUCUCUCUAAUGAAACUCUAUUGAUAUCCAUCUUGAGUCGCACAGACACGGAAAAUGUAACCGAGUAUGUGACCGCCAUUUCAACAACAGCACAAAAGGAGAAUGUGUCUGAUUUGCAGAUAGCCAUGGUAAAACAGACCUUGUUGGCAGUUGUACUUGACAAAAUUAGUUCCAAUUUCUCAUCUUAUGGAAUGCAAAACUGGAAGAUAUUGUUCCAAGAUGACUUGACUCUCCUUCUUCCGAGCUUUAAUAAAUCUCUUCUUCUGCUUCUGCCCAUCAACAUCUCAUGUUCUUCCUACCAGGAAAUAGUAAAGGCCUUUAGUAACACUUAUACAUCUCUAUCAGAGGAAACCAAAAAUGAUUUCUACAAUGAUUUUAUCUACCGGUACAUGGGCCAGCAGGCAUCUCUUACAGGAGUAGCUUGCGACACCAUAGAUUUUAGGACUUGGGUUAACUUGAACCUUGGCAACUUCAUCCAGCAAUCAUCAUCACAAGAUAUCGCUGUGUUCAAUAAAAAUAUAACAAAGUUGGAAAACCCGGGGGAACUCACAGUUACAGAACUGGCCACAUUUACAUUUACUGUGGAUACGCUGAACAACCAAACGUUAGCCACAAUCUUAUUAAGUAGAAUCAAAGAAUUUAACAGCUAUGAAGAAAUCCUGGGCUAUCUAACAAAAAUACAAAACUCUAUUUGCCAGCCGAAUGACUCGGCACCCAGCGCCUCAUCGUGUGACCAACCGCUAAGCCAACUGAACCUCCACACUCAACAGGAGAUUCUUACAAACUGUUUCAUAGUACUCAAUGAGGAAUGGAUUUCUGCCAACAUGACAAUGUGGUUACAUAUUUUUGACAUCCUUGUUGAAGUUUUCCUACCUGCUUUUGAUGAAACUGAAAUCUCCCACUUACCACUUGAUAUUUCAUGUGGAGAAUACCAAGCAAUAAUAACCACGCUGAGUAACGCACACAGCCAAAUCAUCGAAGGCCUGGCAAAAUCGGUCUACUCCUACUGCAUAGCCUACCUUACCGCACAGCAGAAAUCCACAGGCUCUGCUUGCCUUAGCGGAAUAAAGGAUAGUACAGAGUGGAUCACAAAGAAUUUCGGGGCAUUUUCCUCCAGUGCCAAUGUGUCUGACUUUGUGGCUUUAUAUCCAGGGUUUGACAUAGGUGUCCUUCCCGGUGUGCUAACACCAAAUGAUAUGGCUGAACUUUUGGUCAAAGCAGAUGUUAUCUCUAAUGAAACUCUAUUGAUAUCCAUCUUGAGUCGCACAGACACGGAAAAUGUAACCGAUUAUGUGACCGCCAUUUCAACAGCAGCACAAAAGGAGAAUGUGUCUGAUUUGCAGAUAGCCAUGGUAAAACAGACCCUGUUGGCAGUUGUACUUUACAAAAUUAGUUCCAAUUUCUCAUCCUAUGGAACACAAGACUGGAAGAUAUUGUUCCAAGAUGACUUGACUCUCCUUCUUCCGAGCUUUAAUAAAACUCUUCUUCUGCUUCUGCCCAUCAACAUCUCAUGUUCUUCCUACCAGGAAAUAGUAAAGGCCUUUAGUAACGCUUAUACAUCUCUAUCAGACGAAACCAAAAAUGAUUUCUACAAUUAUUUUAUCUACCGGUACAUGGGCCAGCAGGCAUCUCCUACAGGAGUUGUUUGUGACACCAUAAAUUUCAGGAGUUGGAUAGACAUCAAUCUUGGCAACUUUAUCCAGCAGUCAACAUUAAACGAUAUCGCUUUGUUCAAUAAAAAUAUAACAAAGUUGGAAAACCCGGAGGAACUCACAGUUACAGAACUGGCCACAUUUACAUUUACUGUGGAUACGCUGAACAACCAAACGUUAGCCACAAUCCUAUUAAGUAGAAUCAAAGAAUUUAACAGCUAUGAAGAAAUCCUGGGCUAUCUAACAACAAUACAAAACUCUAUUUGCCAGUCGAAUGACCCUUUAUCCAGCAUUUCAUCCUGUGGCCAACUGAGCAUCCACACUCAACAAGAGAUUCUUACAAACUGUUUCAUAGUACUCAAUGAGAAAUGGAUUUUAAACAAUAUGACAAUGUGGUUACAUAUUUUUGACAUCCUCGUUGAAGUUUUCCUGCCUGCUUUUGAUGAAACUCAACUCUCCCAGUUACCACUUAAUGUUUCAUGUGAAAACUAUCAAGCAAUAAUAAAGACGCUAAGUAGCAAGUACGCCCAAAUGACUGACGCGGUGGCAAAAUCAGUCUACGCCUAUUGCAAGUCCUACCUCAUCCAACAGCAGAAGUUAACAGGGCAGGCUUGUUACACCUCCAACUUUGCAAAGUGGAUGGAUGACAACUUUGGGAAUUUUGGGCAGCUAGCAGCUCCUGGGGAUCUCUUAAUGUUCAAUAAGAACUUCACUCAGGAUCUAAACACACUGAAACCACAAGAAUUUCUGAACCUCCUGGAACUUGACGUGAAUAUAACUCUAUGGGAGAUUCUUCUCUCGGGCUACACUAAUAUCACUCAACUGGGACAAGUCAUGGAUGGCCUCAACAUUAAAAUGGUGAACUUGAGCCAAGAGGUGCACCAGGGGGUCUUCCGGGUAGUCUGGCCCACCUUCCUGACUUCACUGACGUUUCUUGAUGCUACAGAUUUGAGCGAUUGGCUUAACAUUCGAUUUAGUGACUACUUGCCUUACCUGACGAAAGCUCAGUUGGAUGUCCCAGAGGUUAUCAGUGCAAGCUGUCUCUUCUACAAGAACUUAGUUAAGACUCUGUCUAGAAACUACGGGAAAUUCACGGACAAUACAAGGCAGGAUUUCUACAGUGUAUUCAAGGCCUACCUGCUGAACUCGGCUUCCAUACCCCGAUGUUACAACAGUGCGGAAGCCAAUGCCAAUUCCUGGAUUUUCUAUUACUUAAAUGACUAUUUCACUUAUUGCAGCAGCAGUGAUCUGAAGUCCUUCUGUGGUGACGAACUGUUGCUGGAGGAGUUUUCUCUGGAUCCAUUGACCUUGGAGUUGGUGGGAGGGCUGAAACUGUCGGAAGAUCUGAAGUCUUACUAUGCAGAGCUUAUGGCAGCCGGGGACCCUUCCAUCUCCCUGCAGAUAAUCCCAGAUAAUCUUCUCUGCUAUGUCAUUGACAUGAUAAGCAUUGAUAUAACCAAUCAGAAUCUGGCGCUGUCCACAUUGAUGUCUCUUAAGAAAUGUAACAAAACCAGUGGCAACGUUGGGGCUGACGUACUUGCAUCUAUUCUUACCUCCGUGGAUAAUUUCACAGCGGAGACGUUUCAGACCCUUGGUCAAAUAGCUGUAGCAUUGCUUCCCUCUGUGAUCAUGGAAAAGACAGACGGAGCUGUUCUACUGCAGAGCCUGUCAUCUCUGUCCCAGGUUAAUGACUGGAAUCCCACGCAGGCAUCUGUCAUAGUCACAAAGCUCCAAGGAGUUGGUUUUCAGUUCAAUGCCACCACUAUGGAAGCUCUGGGAACGCUGGUGAUCGGUGUAGGCGUGAAAGACAUCGAUAAGCUCAAAGCAUCUGAUUUUCUAGUUUUGGCCAACAACGGAACAUUCGUCAGCCAAAUGCAACAAGCUCCUCCUGCCCUGCAGCAGAGAUUUGUACAGUUGCUCAUUAAUAGCACAACAGAUAGUAUCCUUCAGGCAGUCCCAAGCAGCAUGGCAAGCGCGAUCCCACCAUCAGUACUGGUGAAAGCUGCUACCAACAUCACUGAUAUAAACAAUAUGCAAUGGACGGCUAACCAGGCCCAAGUUUUGUUCCAGACAGUGCUGAAUCUGACUCAGGAUUAUUCAGUUCUUUCCACCAAUGUCCUAAAAGGAUUCACAUGUGGAGCCGCUAAUAUGCUCGGGGAUACGCAGUUUGUAGGACUUAUUAAAGCCAUGAAAGGAAAAACAGCGGCGCUGGAUUAUACCCAGUUGAGCUGUAUUGGCAAGCGUCUCACCCUGCAGAGCUACCCGUCGGACUUUGCAAGUUAUCCAAGUGACGUUCUGCUGUACAUGGGUCCCAGUCCAUCAAACUGCACGCAGUAUUACAGCCUUGUGGGAAAGUCCAACACUGGGGCACUCCCUGCAGGCUCUUCAAUAUUAGGAUCUCUACUCAGCAGCGCAAGGACAUGUUUGGGUAUCAAUGGAACAUCCCUUACAGUGCAAAAUCUACAAGUUCUGGGUUCUCUGUCGUGUGGACUCUCGGCUAACGAAAUCAAUAAUUCCAACCCAUUUAUAUUGUCACUAUUACAAUCUUGUCCCUCCUUCGGCACUGGACAGGCAGCGGCAAUUGAAAGUCAAAUUCUUAGGCUAUAUGGACCUGCCAGUCAGUGGACGGUGAUCACAAUGAGCGAAAUCGGAAACCUUUCCAGCACCUUGUCAGCCAGCACCCUUCAGAAAAUCCCACAGAUCGUAAAAAUAAGUUUUUUCCCUGGAUACCUGACUAAGCUGAAAGCCUUGAAUAUGACCUUGUUUAAAAUGGUACUGAAGCAGCUAAAGCCAGCCAGGGUAGCUCGUCAAACUGCAAUAAACUGCACCACGCCUCUCACAACUGAUAUAAUAUCAAAGCAGACAGAUCUCAUAGUCAUCAGCUACAGUGCGGCAGAUCUGGAAAACUGUCUGAGCAAUGACAUUUUGAACGAAAACCUGCAGACUCUCGGAGAGUUAGCGUUUGAGGGAGACCAACUUAACGUUUUAAAGACAAAGCUGGAUAUGCUGUACCCUGGAGGCAUACCAGAGCAAUACCUUCUCCAGCUGGGAAACAUUGCCAUGGUAUACAGCACCGAUCAGAUUGCCAAAUGGAAUAUUACUAAGCUGGACACCCUAGCAACUCUGCUACAAAUGGCACCCUGGCAGAGCAAUGAUGUAAAGGUCCAGGCUAUGGUUGAUCGAUACCUACAAGCACCAGGUGCUACUUUAGAUGGCACUGCCCUCACUAUUCUGUCUCCGUAUCUCUGUGCCCUAAACCAAAGCCAAAUUGAAAGUCUUCAGAUUGCAGAUAUCAGAGCGAGCACCAGUUUACCAGACACAUCCACAUGUUCACAAAGCAUGAAAAACGUUAUAUUUAACAAAAUGAAAUCCGCCUACCAAUCAUCUGCUAGAUCUCAAAACGCCUACUACCAGCUCCUGAAGAGUGUUAUAGGUGGAGCAAGUUCUGCCGAUCUGAUCCAGUUUGCCAAUGGCAGUCCAGAAAUGGACAUUGACAUAUUUCAGAACCUGAAUCCUAAUGAAGUAAAGAUGUUAAGUGCACAGAAUAUAGUAGACCUCAUGGGAGUGAAUUUGCCAGAUCUAAGGUCCAUAUCUGAUAGUAACAUUGUACAGCUCUGGGCAUCUGUACACACACAAGCGGAGGUCAACUCUUUAGGGCUCAACAUCUUGGCUGGAGUCAAGGAAACCACACCUCGAGGCUUCAUUAUUAUUACUCUACAAUCAACGACACCAGCCUCAGGAGGCGAUUCACCAAAGCAUCACAGCUUCAUCCUUGCGCUUUGCACGCUGUUCGCCAUGCUUCUCUCUUUGGACUCAUUCCAUUAACUGAAAACCUGUGUCAAUCUCCUACAACGCACAUCUGGCUUUUGAACCCGACAAAGAUGCUUCUUCUUGAGAAUUAUUGAGAAUGUAUGGAUAGUCCUGUGGUUAUCUCCCACAAUGCACAUCCUGCGUGUAAACCCAUCUAAGACGCCACCUAUGUUUCUAGUGGCCAAUCAGCAAUAGCCGCCGAUAUCGCAUUCUCCUUUCUGGACAUGAACAAAUCAAGAUGAAACUGAAAUCCUCUUAUGUAAACUUGUGAUCUACUGCCUGUAUCAAGCACUUGCUCAGAUUUUAAUUUGCACCUUACGUAUUUAAGAGUAAUUAAACAAUCGUAGCUAAUGAACAAAAUUAUGUUAACGGCCAACCUAAAACCAAUACAGUAUAUUUAAGAGAAAGCAACAGCGAUUGAUUAACCACAUAUUGUAUUUUCUCCUAUUUUUUUUUAUCUUCAAGUAAUGCAAGGUAGACUAAACCAUUAAAAUGAGUGUUUAUAUUAA